AUGGAGAAUAUAUGGAUACAAUGGAAGUGGGACGAGACGACUAAAGCCAUGAUGGGCGACAUAACCCAGCCUAGGAUAAUGAGAUGUUCAUUAUAUUGCACAAAUGAGCUAUUCGAGAAACAACAGUGGAUCAUGAGCCUGUCCCUAAAUGUUCUCCCAAAUCCAGCCUUGUUCAUGGCCCUGAAUUGCUUCAUCCUGAUUAAAACUGCGCUGUCGAUCGGUUUAUCAGAUGCUUCACCAUCUUCCUUAAGCCAUGGGUGCUCUGAUCAGUUGAUCAAUCAACAUUUUCUUAAUGAGAUCUUUGGCACCAUCAGAUAUCGAAGGCCAUGGGGACGAUUGGAGAUCAACAUGACCCGCCAGAAUUUCCUCAAAUAUGCCUUUCUCCGUCUCUGGAAACGCAAAGCACUCAUUGGAUGA